CCGUCAACCACACGCGCGCUCUCAGCUAGGGGUGGGAACACACGAGUCGAACUCCCUGUAAAGUAUCCAGUCUCGCUGUGGUGUUCUGGGGGCAGUCAGCGUGAAAAACGUCGCCAUUAGAGUGUUGCCGUGUGGCGGCCUAUCGCAUCGUUGCAGUGUCGUUGGAAGGAGAGGAUUGUGAUACUGCAUUUUACACCACCCACCUUGCUACGUGUAGAGAGUGGUCAGAAUGAUGGGACUCUCUACCAGACAGAUUCCAUACAUCAGUGCUACCAUCGUCCUCUUUGCUGGAGGAAUACUCUUCUUUGCUUUCCCUAUCCGGAACCUCUUCCUCCACUACCAAGAGCAGGGUGUCCUCAUUGUCAUACCUGUGGUGGGCACAGUCUACAUGGGACUCCUCUUUCUCUUCGUCGCAGCUAACUUCUUUCUCUGCUCAUUUGUUGACCCUGGCAUCUAUCCUCGAGAGCAUACGGACGAAGAGGACGACUUUAGGCAGCCGCUGUACAAGGUGGCGGAGGUCAACCAGGUUCAGGUGCGAAUGAAGUGGUGCGAGACGUGCAAAUUCUACCGGCCUCCUCGCUGCUCCCACUGCAGUCUCUGUGACAACUGCGUCGAGAGGUUUGACCACCACUGCCCGUGGGUGGACAACUGCGUGGGGCGCCGGAACUACAAGUACUUCUUUUUCUUCAUCAUCUCCCUGAACCUGUUCAUUCUGAGUGGAUUUGCCUGGGGUCUCCUCUCUAUAUGGGUCCACAGGGACGACCUCCGGAAGGUUGUCGUAGAGUAUCCCCACAGUUCUGUCAGAUUUGUCCUCCUGUUUUUGGGAGUGUUGGUGUUCAUCCCCGUCGUGGGUCUUGCUGGGUUCCACAUCGGUCUAGUGGGCUUGGGCCGAACUACCAACGAACACGUGACUGGAAAGUUUAGGAAUGCACACAAUCCCUAUAACAUGGGUUGUUGUAUGAACUGCUGGAAUAUUCUCUGCUCUCCUAAGAAACCGAGGUACAUGCACUACAAGACAAGGCCUUACCUGGAGUCAGAGGGGAGAGGAGGAGCAGUAAGGACAGUCACCAACACCAGCAGACCCAUAAAUGAGAUGCAGUGUAUGCCGGUCUAUGAGGAACUGGACCCUACAGACGACAACCUCUUCCCUCGACCACAGAAUCACCAUCCUCACGCAGUCAAUGGUGGUAACCAGGGCCCGGCCACUGGUGCCAUUCCUGCAACCGCUUCAUUUCAGACUCCCGGGAGUCACGUUAACCCUCUCCACUCUCAGAACCAGCAGCACAGACUGUCUAACGGGUUACUGUCCCCGGGCGAAGUAGCAAUGGCAGAAGUGACAGUUUGACGACUAUUCUCCUUCUCUCCCUAUUCUCUCUCUCUCUGAUCUGUCUGUCUACUGUCUCCACAUGGCUGCCACUGCCUACGUUUUUACAUCACACUUCAAUUCUGCAUCAUCAUAGCUAUAAUAUAUUCUAUAUGUCACCUGUUAUGUGUAUACUUUUGUGUCAGUAGAAAUCGUUUUGCAUGCCUGUAUAAAGACA